CGCUCUGUCGUGCUCCUCGUCUUGGUCGCUCCUGGUCGGCUGCUCCUGGUCGGCUGCUCCGCUCGUGGCUCCUGUCUGCUUUCCUGCCCAUCGCCUUCCCUCCCGGCACGGCCUCGUCUCGUCUUUUGCCUGAUCUAUUCUCGCUGUAGCCAUUGCUGCUGUCCAGAAACCCGCCCCGCCACCAUCUCCUCAACAGGCUCCGAAACAUGGGAAAAGGAAAGCGUGCCCACUUUGACAAGAACUACGAGCCUCCGCUGUCGUCGGCCGACCUGAUUUCGUCCAAGGCUGCUGCCGCCGACGCCGUCAUCCAAGGCCCGCCUCCGCUGUACAAGCCCGAGGUUGCCAAGACCGAAUGGAAGCACGAGGAGCAAGCCUUGGAGCAAGCCCCCAUCUGGGUCCUUAUCACCACCUAUCUGAGCUAUGCUAUCCUGAUUGUCUACGGCCAGAUUCGUGACUUUUUCGGCUUCCGAUUCAAGCCCAACGAGUAUGUGAAUCUGGUGGCCCAAAAGGGAUACGCCCCCCUCAACUCUGGAUUCGACACCUUCUACCACCGCAGACUCUACACCCGCAUCUGCGAUUGCUUCAACCGCCCCAUCACCGGCGUGCCCGGCCGAACUGUCACCCUUCUCGAGCGUGUCUCUCGCAACUACAACCGAUCCUUCCAGCUCACCGGCAAGACCAUCGAGGCCCUGAACGUCUCGUCCUACAACUACCUUGGCUUUGCCCAGAACGAGGGUCCGUGUGCUGACGCCGUCGAGGCCAGCAUCAAGCAGCUCGGUGUCUCGACCUGCUCUCCGCGUCUGGAGGGCGGCACCUUGGAGCUCCACCAGGAGACCGAGGCGCUCGUGGCUCGCUUCAUGGGCCAAGAGGCCUCCAUGAUCGUCAGCAUGGGCUUUGCCACCAACUCGACCUGUCUGCCCGCUCUGGUUGGAAAGGGAUGCUUGAUCAUCAGUGACUCGUACAACCACUCCUCGCUCGUCUAUGGCGCUCGUGUCUCGGGUGCCGCCAUCCGCAUCUUUGAGCACAACGACCCGAUCGACCUCGAGUCUGUCCUCCGCAACGCCAUUUCUCAGGGCCAGCCCCGUACCCACCGCCCCUGGAAGAAGAUCCUGGUCGUCGUCGAGGGCCUGUACUCGAUGGAGGGCAACAUCUGCUGCCUGCCCCAGAUCAUCGAGCUCAAGCGAAAGUACAAGUUCUACCUGUACGUCGACGAGGCCCACUCCAUUGGUGCUCUCGGCCCCAAUGGCCGUGGCGUCUGCGACUACUUUGGCAUCGAUCCCUGCGAGGUUGAUGUCCUCAUGGGUACCUUCACAAAGUCCUUUGGUGCGGCCGGCGGCUACCUUGCCGGCAAGAAGGAUAUCAUCGACCACCUGCGCCUGCACUCGCACUCGGCCACCUAUGCCGAAUCCAUCACCCCUCCUGUCCUGCAGCAGAUCUACACGUCGCUCCGAAUCAUCAUGGGCGAGGAAGCUGGCGAUGACGGCCGCCGCCGUAUCCAGCAGCUUGCUCGCAACAGCAGCUACUUUGCCUCAGAGCUGCGUCGCAUGGGCUUCAUCGUCUACGGACAUGACUCGCCUGUUGUUCCGCUCCUGCUGUUCCACCCUGCCAAGAUCCCGGCCUUCUCGCGCGAGAUGCUCAAGCGCGGCAUCGCUGUGGUCGUCGUCGGCCAUCCCGCCACCCCGAUCAUCACCUCGCGUGUGCGCUUCUGCCUCAGCGCCGCCCACACCAUGGAGGACCUCGACUUUAUGCUCCAGCAGAUCUCCGAGGUCGGCGACAUGAUGAACCUGAAGGUGUCCCGAAGCCGCCGCAUCGCGGCCUAGACGACCACUAUGACGACGAUGACUGAGCCACAUCCCGCAUCCAGCGGGUGUGUUACUUUUUUGAUUCUGCAUGGCAUUCUCCUCCAUCCAGCUUUCUUGUUUUGUCCCUCCCAUCCCCCGCUCCAAACCUUCCCACGUACAUAUCUAUCGAUCUUUUCUCUCUCUCUCUCUCUCUCUCUCUCUCCUCCUUCGUUCUGUGCUUCCAGACUGAGGCUGCUGAACGUAACCCCCCCCCAAAAAAAAGAAUAGCAAUUGCGAAAUCUGCACUUCAUAGACUUGAUACAACCGUCCCAUC